CUAGUGAGGCCAUUCUUUUCCUCAAACGUUGAUUUCGCUCCGUUACGAAUAACGUCCUCGGCAUAUUGAAAUGUCUGGGAACGGUAUUGAUGUGAGCUUUGGUGCUGUGCUGGGGGUCAUGUGCAGUGAAAAGGGAUUGUUGUUGAGUCAAAAAUUGUCGUCUAUAUAUAACUAGUGAGGCCAUUCUUUUCCUCAAACGUUGAUUUCGCUCCGUUACGAAUAACGUCCUCGGCAUAUUGAAAUGUCUGGGAACGGUAUUGAUGUGAGCUUUGGUGCUGUGCUGGGGGUCAUGUGCAGUGCUGGGGGAGAUUGUUGUUGAGUAGUCAAAAAUUGUUUCCGAUAUAUAAUCCGAAGAGUAUAUAUGGCGACGUGAAGAUGGAUAAAAGGUAAAUAAAUAACUUAUUUGCGCAAAUACAAAAAUCAAAAGGUUGCAAAUUUUGCAAAAACAUUCUCUAUCUUCCCUAGUAUUUUGCCCUAUUCUAUCUUCUCUCACUGUAUUCUAAUUUUCCUUAAAUAGGUUUCUCUCCUUUUCUCUCCUUAAUAGUACAAAAAUUGCGGACCUUCCGACAAUUGCGAAAAAAACUGACUUGUCAAAAUUGAUACAAACGACUAGCAAAACUUAAUAAAUACAAAAAGUAUGUAUCCGUAUGUUACUGAUUUAGUGUUAGUAUAAUAUAGAUUUAACUCCCUAUAUUAAUAUUUACUGUAACAAAAUACGUGAGCUUGAAAUUUUUGUUCGCAAAUGUCGUUAACUCAGAUUAUCUUUUAAUAAAAUUUUUUAAAAUUAAUUUCAAUAAAUUUAAUACUUUUAUUAAAAUUUAAUUUAAAAAAUUUGUUUAAUUUUUAGGUCGCGAUUUAAAUAAUUCUAUCGGAAGUAUUUAAAUUUUUUCUGAACAAAAAUGUAUUUAAUUAUAUUUUAAUCAUAUUAUUUUUUAAUUUACUUUAAAUAAAUUUAAAAAUUAUUUUUAUUAAAAAAAAUCCUAACUUUUUUUACUUUUAUUAUUCUAUAAAAAUCUUUCCCUCCCUCCCUCCCCUCCAUUUUUCCUUCCAAUGGUCAUUUUUCUCCCUACUAUGUAGCUUGUUGCCUCCCCCUAUAUUUGUGGAAAGUGUUAGAACCACCAAAAACAUUUUCCAACUAAAAAUAUCUAUAUAAAUAAAUUUAAAAAAUAUAUCUCCCUCCCUCUUUUCUCCCAUUUUUGGCGCUAUUAUCUGCAAAAAAAACCGCGGCUAUCUUUUUUUCUCCCCUCUUUUUCUCCCCCUUUUUCUCCCCCUUUUUUUAUAUUCACCGACUCAUCCUUACCCAGAGUCUAAAGCUUUUUGGGGGGUUUUCUCUAGGGAGUUCCGAAUAAUUUAUUUCUCACUUCUUUAGUUGAGCUCUUCUUUAAGCUUAUUGUUGUUGACUGGCCUUUACUUGGACUCCUCUUUUUAUGGAAGGAGUGAAAAGCUGUUUAUCCUCUUCUUUAUUGGGUUGGUAUUUUUUGAGUGAAUCCAUCCUUGACUUUAAAAUUUGUUUUUUAAAUAUUUUUGUUUUGUGGAUUUCUAUAGAAUAGGUCAAUUAACAUUUUAUUGGUGUGGUUGAGUUCGGCACGUUUCCUUACUCCUGGUAUCCCUAAAGUAAUCCCGAUUCGCUAUUUUUUGUUACUCCUGGUAUUGAAGAAGUCCUCUUGUCGAACAUUAGUUUUUUGCUCUUCCGCUUCUGCCUUCGGUCUUUCGUUUUUCCUACGUCUCCUUCCGAUUUUUAAAAUACGGCAGGGCCCAUCUCCAGAUAUUUAAUUCCGAAGGCUAUGCUGGAGUUGUGAAUCCGAUCACCUUAGGAUGCUGGUUCGCUCUCAGCUACCUAAAUCAUUUGGAUUAGCUGAAGGAGAAAUAGAUAUUUUUUGAGUGAAUCCAUCCUUGACUUUAAAUUUGUUUUAAUAUUUUUUUGUUUUGUGGAUUUCUAUAGGAUAGGUCAAUUAACAUUUCAGUUCUUAUAUUUCCUCUAAUGGAAUGCACCCUCUGCUUUUGAAUGCCCCUUUCUAGCAGAAUGACUCCCUCCCUUUAAAAAUUAGAAACACGGGUCUAUUAAAAGAAAUAUGCUAUCUUAAAGUUCUUCUUGCCUCUCCCUUGUCAUUCAAUGUUCCAAUAUAUCCCUUCAGGAAAUCCAUGUUUAAUGCUCAUCCCCCUUUCCCUUAUAGUAAAAACAAAGCAGCUCCUUUGUGAACUAAUAUGUUUCCCUUUCUUUUCCGGAAACUUGUUUUUUGUCAAUUUUUAUUUGUCUUUUUUGUUAACAUUAGAAAAUCGGUUAAUUUAAUUGGACCAAAAACGGGUAGCGGUCUGGAACAAAUAAAAUGGUAGGGGGAAGGAAAUGGAUGUUAGGAAGAAGAAAAAAAAGAUGGUUGCAUUAGAACAAUUUUUCAGAUUUUUUAUUCAUUCAAAUAAAUUUUAUUUUUAAAGAUUUUUAAUAGUUCGUUUACAAUCUUAUUUUAAAGUUUGUUUUAAGGUUGUGUUAUUCUUAAGUUUGUUGUUUUUUACUUGUUUUUAAGUUUGUUCUUAAGUUUGUCCUUAAGUUUGUUUUGUGUAUUUUUAAGUUUGUCUUAAGUUUGUUUUUAAGUUUGUUCGUGAAUUUGUUCUUAAGUUUGUUUUAUUUGUUUUUGAGCUGUUUUUAAGUUUGUUUGAUUUCAAGUUUGUUUUCAAGUUUGUCUUCAUGUUUGUUCUUAAGUUUAUUUUUUCUUUCAACUUUACACUUAAGUUUUCUUUGGUAUUAUUUUCAAGUUUGCACUUGUUUUCUAUUACAAGUUUGCUGUUUCCACAAGUUUAUGUUUAAUUUUUCAAGUUUAAUCUCACUUUCAAGUUUAUUAUUGCUUCAGGUUUUAUACCAAAAUUUAAUUGCUUUUAUCAGCCGUGGAUUGGCUUCAAAAAAAUUUAUUGGCCGCCGCCGUCAGUAUUUCUCCUACUCAUCGAAGCUCAUCAUCCCUUAAUUAUAGGAAGAAUGUUAAAGGAAAAUCGAAUUCUACCCCUCUUGUUGAUGUUGACCAACAAGUGGCAAAUUCUCCUAGCUCGAAGCACUAGCAGUAGUGGGAGUGGAAGUUAUUUGCAUGCUACAACAUCUACAGCCGUUGCUGAAAGUUGCUCAAGUUUCAGUCCAGAGAAGAAGACUACUACAAAAUCCAAUAUUAAAACAACACCUCAGAAAAGCCCAAAACACCUUCCAAAUUCUUCCACUGAAAAAAUAAAAAUAAAAGAAUUUCAAAAGAAGAAAUUAAAAAAUCAGCAACAAAUAAAUAAUCUAAACAAUUAUUUUAUUGACGAUGAACUUUUUGGUAGUGGAAAGGAAUUAUACACUUCUGUGGAGACGGAAACUACAGGAUUAUCAUCAGCUCAAUCUGAGGAGAAAAAGCAAAGAAAUGGGAGUGUGCCUAAAAGUAAUGGGACAAGUAAAUAUCAUCAUACAAAUAAAGCUUUUCAAUACUCUCCCCCACCUUUAUCACAUCAUCAACGACAACAACAACCAAAAUCUACUUCUACCCCAUUUCAUUUGCCUAGACGUCCUUUUCUUCCUACACCAUUUAUUGCUUGGCCACCAGUGCCAAUUUCACCUAUAAAGCAGUCAUUAUCUUCCUCUCCUCGUCGAAAUAAAACAUCGCCUUUAAAUAAACAGCAACAUUCCCCUCUCCGUCAAUUAUUACACGCUUCAUUAAAAGCUCGAAACAUCCUCUUAUCUCAAAAGUCGGGCACUAGCGGUGGGGAAUACUCAAGGUUUCCUGAAUCUGAAGAAGGUGGUGAUUCGGUAGAAGAAGAACAGCCGUCAACGUCAGCUAGAAGAGCGAAUAAGGUGUAG